AUGGGUUCCUCGUUGAAGAGUUUUAUAAAGGAUGUUCGUGCUUCAAAAACAUUAGCAGAAGAAAGAUCAAUUAUUCAAAAGGAAUCUGCAAAGAUCAGAACUAAAUUAAGAGAUGAUCAUUUGCCAUUAGAAAAAAGAAGAAAGAAUAUCCAGAAAUUGUUAUAUUUGUUUAUAUUAGGAGAGAAAACACAUUUCGGUCAAGUUGAAUGUAUUAAUCUAAUUGCUUCAGAUGAAUUUGUCAAUAAAAGGUUAGGUUAUUUAGCAGCAAUGUUGUUACUUGAUGAGUCACAAGAUUUACUAACUCUAUUGACAAACCUGUUAAAUAAUGAUUUAAACCAUCCGAAUAAAUUCAUUGUAUCAUUAGCGUUAACUACUUUGGGUUUUUUAAGUACAUUAGAAUUAGCUCGUGAUUUAUAUCCAGAUGUUGAAAACAUUUUAAAGACAUGUAAAGACCCAUUCUUAUUAAAACAAGCUCUCCAAUGUGCUGCAAAGUUAAUUGCUAAAGAUGUUUCUCUUUUGGACAUCUUUUCAAUGGAAUAUAUAUCAUCCAUUUUUGAAAACCAUGCUAUUUGUACACACUCCGUUUUAUUAGGUAUUUCCAAGGUGUUACAAUCAAUCUUACUUGCGUAUCCUGGUUAUUUAGAUUUAUUGAGGGAAGAUGGUGUGGAGCUGAAUGGCGAGAAUCAUCAAAUUCUAAAUGAUGGUAUCAAAUUUAUCCCAGAAUUAUUAUCUCGUUUACAGAGUCUAAAUGUCAAAAGUUCUCAGCCUGAUUAUGAUGUCAAAGGUAUUUGUGAUCCUUUCUUACAGUGUGAAAUUAUUUAUACCUUAAGAUUAUUCUUCCUUUUGGAUGUUCCAGAAAUUGAUAGAUUUAAAAAUAAGUUUGAGGACUUAUUAAGUCAAAUUGCUACUGAUACAGAUGGUUCCAAAACUAGUGGGCAAGCUAUUUUAUAUGAAACUGCACGUACUAUUUUUUCAUUAGAUCUCGAACAACCAUUACGUAUUCUGGGUAUUAAUAUCUUAGCUAAGUUUUUGUCUGGUAGAGAUAACAAUGUGAAAUAUGUUGCCCUAAACACUUUAUUACGAGUGGUUCCACAGGAACCUACAGCUGUUCAAAGGCAUAGGAAGUUUAUUUCACGAUGUUUGCACGACCCUGAUAUUUCAAUUAGGAUGAGAGCAUUAGAAUUGACAUUUGCAAUCUUAGAUGAAAAUAGUCUUGUAGAAUUAGUUAACGAACUGGUCAAGUUUUUGGAAUCUGCAAGUGGUGAUGACAAAGAUUUAAUUAUUUUUACAGUUGAUAACCUUGUCGAAACAUUUGAGAAAUUUAAGGUUCACGAUGAAAAGUGGAAGCUUGAUAUUUUCUUGAAAGUAUUGGAGCUAGUGGGUUCCUUUAUUACUCUAGAAAAAUUGGGCGAUAUCUUAAUAAUCAUUAAUAAUACAGAAGAUUUACAAAAUAAGAUAUAUGUUGUUAGUAAAAUGUUGAAAGUUUCAUUAAGCAAUGAUCAAGACAGUGUAAUACAAAUAUUUGACGAUAACCUGGGCUGGAAACUUGUUACGAUUUGGUGUAUUGGUGAAUAUGCGGAUUUGAUUUUAUUGAAGAAUGCUAGUGAAAUUAUCAAUGAGGAAAGUAUGACUAAAUAUUUACUCAAACUGGAUAGUGAGUAUGGUACCUAUGACAGUAAAAUUACUCAAUACGUCUUGACUGCAUCACUAAAAUUAUCCUCCAAGAUUGAUAAUAGGAAAUGCAUUGAAGAUUUAAGACAAAUAAUUUUAAAUCAUACAAAGGAUCCAAAUCUAAUGAUCCAAGUAAAAAGUGUACAAUAUGAGUUGAUAUUUUCGCAACCAAGAGAAAUAAGAAAAUCAAUACUAGCAUCAAUGCCUAUUUUCGAAAGAAAGGUUAGAACUCCUGAUAUGGAUACCCAGAGCAACGUUCACCAAAAGAGUAAGCCUGUGGCUUCGAAUGCUGAUUUGUUGUUAGACUUGUUAGGUGAUAUGGAUUCAUCUUCCGGUCAACAGCAAGGUAAAGCCCCUGAGAUGACACUUUCUUCAGAAUCUACAAAACCUGAAAAUAGCAAACCUACAGAUCUUUUAGCUGAUAUAUUCAGCUCUAAUGUGAACAACUUUAAUGGCAAGGCUGAGCCUGUUGGAACUAGUUCAUCAUUAGAAUUUAAAUCUACUGUAACCUUACCUACAAAUGCAACAAAGAUAUAUGAUGGCAAGGCAUUAAUUGUAUAUAGUGGUGAUGUUACUGUUGAAAAUGGGUCUGCUAAUUUUGAACUAUAUUUUGAAGCGAAGUCAUCUGUUACUGAUUUAAGCUGUCAAUCUGCAGUUCCAAAAUCACAAAAGUUGACAAUGGGAUCAUUAUACCCAAGUGCCUCUGUAGGUCAUGGACAAUUGAGCAAACAAUCUAUGAAAGUUAGUGGUUCAGGUAAAUUAAAAUUAAGGGUAAAGCUAAAAUAUAAUAGUGAAGGCAUAAGUAACGAUGAACAAUUUGACCACAAAUUUAAUGAAGCCUUGUAG